UGACUCUUUUGAGCAUAAAUAAAUACAUACAGUUCCACAUCACUCUGUCUCUUGCUAGUAUAUAUAUACAAGUUCCCUCCCAUUUUACUGUACCACUUUGAUAUUCACUCCCACAGAGAUACAUAAAGACAUAAUUUUACUUGCACAUGGGGACUGUUAUUGAUGCUGCAACCAAGGAUAAUGAUGGAAGUGCCUUGGCUAGUAAGAAGGUCACUAUUAUUUUCGUUCUAGGUGGCCCCGGCAGUGGUAAGGGUACUCAGUGUGCAAAUAUUGUACAGCAUUACGGAUACACACAUCUCAGUGCUGGCGACCUUCUCCGAGCAGAAAGGGACUCUGGUUCUGAAAAUGGGACUAUGAUAGACAACAUGAUCGCAGAGGGAAAAAUAGUUCCGUCAGAGGUAACUAUCAAACUUCUUGAACGAGCGAUACUGGAAACUGAUAAUGACAAAUUUCUAAUUGAUGGUUUUCCACGUAAUGAAGAAAACCGAGCUGCAUUUGAGUCUGUGACUGGUAUAGAGCCAGAAUUUGUCUUAUUUUUUGAUUGCUCGGAAGAAGAGAUGACCAGACGCCUUUUAAGUAGAAAUCAGGGAAGAACAGAUGAUAACAUAGAGACGAUAAAAAAGAGAUUUAAAGUAUACAUGGAAUCAAGUCUACCAGUGAUUGAGUAUUAUAACUCUAAAGGAAAAGUUCGGAGGAUUGAUGCAACAAAGCCUGUCGAAGAAGUUUUUGAUGCGGUCAAGGCUUGUUUCGCCCCAUCUGGUGGCACGGGGGUCAAAGACCGUAAGUUCGGAUCUCUGGUAGCAGCUAUAUUUGGAUUCAUUACCAGAAAGGUUUUCUGUUGACAUUGUAGAUGAUUGCCAGGUUUUGCUGUGCCAGAGGCAAAAGUUAAUGAUACUUUUAUAGCCGCUUAGCUGUUGCAACCAUACAUCCCCAUAUAUGUGAUUUAAAAUACAGGUGGUUAUUAUCUGGAGACAUCUUACUGUGCUGCUGUGAGGAAGCUCUCUAAAUUUAGCCUAUUAUAGAAUUUUUAGAUAUGAAUAUGCUGCUUUAUGUAAUGUUAUUGUUACAGAUUAAAAUAUUCCAUUGAUACAGAUAUAUGUGGAAGUGAAAUUUAUGCAGGUUUGUAAAUGCAUGUAUGAAUCUUUUAAA